AUGAAACAGCGCUCACAUGCAACAGCGCCCACAUGCAACAGCGCUCACAUGAAACGAAACAGCGCCCACAUGCAACAGCGCCCACAUGCAACAGCGCCCACAUGCAACAGCGCCCACAUGCAACAGCGCUCACAUGCAACAGCGCCCACAUGCAACAGCGCCCACAUGCAACAGCGCUCACAUGCAACAGCGCCCAAAUGCAACAGUGCCCACAUGCAACAGCGCCCACAUGCAACAGCGCCCACAUGCAACAGCGCUCACAUGCAACAGCGCCCACAUGCAACAGCGCCCACAUGCAACAGCGCUCACAUGCAACAGCGCCCACAUGCAACAGCGCCCACAUGCAACAGCGCUCACAUGCAACAGCGCCCAAAUGCAACAGUGCCCACAUGCAACAGCGCUCACAUGCAACAGCGCCCAAAUGCAACAGUGCCCACAUGCAACAGCGCCCACAUGCAACAGUGCCCACAUGCAACAGUGCCCACAUGCAACAGUGCCCACAUGCAACAGUGCCCACAUGCAACAGUGCCCACAUGCAACAGUGCCCACAUGCAACAGUGCCCACAUGCAACAGCGCCCACAUGCAACAGUGCCCACAUGCAACAGUGCCCACAUGCAACAGCGCCCACAUGCAACAGUGCCCACAUGCAACAGUGCCCACAUGCAACAGCGCCCACAUGCAACAGUGCCCACAUGCAACAGCGCCCACAUGCAACAGUGCCCACAUGCAACAGCGGCCACAUGCAACAGUGCCCACAUGCAACAGUGCCCACAUGCAACAGCGCCCACAUGCAACAGCGCCCACAUGCAACAGCGCCCACAUGCAACAGCGCCCACAUGCAACAGCGCCCACAUGCAACAGAAGAACUGCACUCACGUGAGGGGGUCGCUGAGCACGUCCCUAAGACGGGGUUCAUUGGAGGCAGCACCUCUGCCAGCCCCCGUGAGGCCCGCCAGUGCAGCCGAUAG